AUGGCUGGACCAUGGGGCGAGUGCCUGGCAGAGGCCACCGUCUGCGAACACACCGAGUCUAAUCGGGGUCAGGCCGGAGAGGUCAUCGACUUCCUGGUCAGCUGCGGCCAUCGUCACUUCGUAAAGGCUGCAGAUAAGCUCGAAAGGGCAACGCACAAAGCAAUGCGAAACGGGGGAAUUCACGCCUGUCCACCUGAUGCGAAGGUUCCUGAGGUCUGGAGGGUUGCGGGACACGGUCUCGCCCAGACUUCUCAACCAGUUGAAGCACAAACUGCACUCGCGGCCGGAUACACAACACCAUUGAGGUCGGGAUAUCCAACAGGAAACAGAUCGGGCAGCUCCAGCAGCUCAAGCUCAAGAUCGAGCUCAAGCUCAAGUUCGAGCUCGAGCUCAAGCUCAAGCUCAAGCUCCAGAAGCAGCUCCAGAGGUCUUGAUCCCGAGACCAAAUCUGCUUGCCGGAGUGCGCCGCAGAACGGCAGGAUAGACAUGCUGCUGGAAGUGCACGUUUCGGAGCUUCCCCUUGGCGUGGUUGCAGAACUUUCGAAACGAGGUGCUGCCAUAAGCUCAGCGACACUGCUCAAAACCAGUUUCCAUUCAACAUGGCUGGUAGAUGUCGAGCCGCCGUUGCAGGACUCGAAAGGGCACUCCAGAGUCAUUGUGCAAAUUUUGGGGGCGGAGGUUGGAGAUCAUGCCCCGGCGUUUUUCAUCUCUGCUAAGCAGAUCGAGCAGGCGAUGCGGCUGGCUCGGAAUUCAGGACUUCGAGUUCCAGAUGUUAUUCUCACCGGCUCCUGCGAGACACCAAUUGGCAACUUAGACUUCAUUGUGCAGGAGUUCAUCGUCUCGCAAACAGUAGAGGACAUCGUGAAAGCACCUCGAGAUGAGUGGCAUCGUCUGGAAGCCGAGAUCCUGACUACACUGAAGAAGGCUCCAGUUGAGCCUGCUGAUGCAUCUCCGUUGCUUUACUUCAAGACGCUCAGCGAGUACUUGAAUUGGCUGCUCGAAAUGGUACCACAAAAGCUUCCAGCAAUUGCAGAGGCCUUGAAUCGCUUCCUGCGCGAAAGUCCAGCAACGGAGUCGGGACGCGCCAUACUCAUGCACCAAGACAUCAACAAUGGAAAUCUGCUUGCUUCAAAAGUGGACGAGGCAUGGAAGCUAGACGCUGUGAUUGAUUGGGAGACGGCAGUUGCUGGUCCAGAAGAGUUGUGCGAGCGGCCGAAGCAGGAGCGAUGGCGGAUCGCCUUAGCUUUCGGAGACGUCGUGAAGGGAGCCUGGCUGGCUGAUCGCAUGGCAAUGGGUGAUUUGCCCCGCUGUGUCCUGGAGGAAUUGGUCGAAGACUACACAAGGUCUGCUAAGAAGCUUCAUCGCAGGAAGAAGCUGAGCUACCAGCCCUGGGCGAGUUUGUUGCAGCAAUGCCGCGCUGGAGCUCGACAAUCACGCUGA